AAAAUGACAAUGCUUUAAUAUCUAUCCUGAUGGAAAAGAUUGAUGGAAAUGUGGUGUCUAGUCUGAUUUGUGAUGAGUCUCCUGAUACUUUGGACCUCUAAUUCCUGGCCUUUUGUUUUAGUUUUUUUAUUUCAAAGCAAGUAAACCCACAUUGUUUUGUGCUGAUGUGACAUUCAUCCCCUCUGCUGACAGCCGUUUUGUCAACACAACAAUAACUGACAUGUUUGAGAUGUAUCAACUAACUUGGGAAAACGUGGCUACAACUAAUACAGAUUCUGCUUCCUACAUGACUAUGUUUGCACAGGAGAUUAAACUUAAUCAGAAACCAGAGAUGCUAUGUAUUGCCUGUCCAGCUCAUCUGAUUAAUACUGCGCUGUCAGCAGCUACUGCUACAGAAGAAACUAAAGAUGUGAAAUUUUGCAUCACUGGAUUCAGGGCCAUUUUCAAGCAUGCAAACAGACUGAAGGCUUUGUUUAACACAGUGCGAGUUGAGUGCAGAGCCAACUGCCAAUUAACUACCCCGUGUUGUGCCACAUUGGUGAUCUUGUAUUUCGCUGUUUGUUAUGUAAAUAACACAUGGACUGUGCUAAUGUCUCUCCUAGAUUAUCCUGAGUUUGUUGGUUCUAAAGCAGAAACUCUGAAGAGACUGGCAAAUAACCAAAAUAUUUACUGGAUCCUGAGAACCAAAAUCUCAGCUGAACUGAGCACAAAAGCUGCAGGAGAAACAUACGGCAAGAAAACCCAGCUGUUUCUGGAAAUCCUUCCCACCCUGGAACACAAGAAAACCAAACAAGCACUCAAAAUCUUCAAAACAACACAGCCAGAAAUAGGAGAUGACCAUGGCCUAUAAUCUGAACCCAAAAAUGUUUGGUGCCAAAGAUUCUUUUUGGAAUGUCAUCCAGAUAUUGCACCCCUUCCUCAAGGUGAAUUUUGCAGCAGACUAUGACUGUUAUGCCAGAGUAUUUCAACCAUUUGCUACUAAAGAUAAAAUUUCAAAUCUGAAAGGGGCAUUUACUAAUUCCAUGAACUUGCCUAACCCUGACGAUACAAAACUGGAUGUUCUGGCUUUAGAACAUCAAGACACACUUCCCAACUUCAGCAAAGUGGCACAGCAAGCUAUGAGUGUAUCCCCUGGAUCUACUGAUGCAGAGUGCAUAUUUUCACAGUUGGACUAAUUCCAUGACAGCAAGAGGCUCAACAUGAAUGAGGAUACUUUGAAGAAAAUUAUGCAAACAUACGCAAACCAGGAUUUCUGGAAAAACUACAAACUCUGAGAGACAAAAUAUAUCUUUGUGUACACACAAGAAGUUUCAAUUAUACUGUAGUAAAAUAUGUAUAUUACAAGUUUUUUUGUUUUUCUUUUUCUUCUCCUCCUCCUCCCCCGCAUUUCAUAACCUGAUUUCAUCCCGUUUUUAAGGUUUGGAAAAUAAACACUGAAAAAUUCCCGGACUUUUUUUUUUUUAAACAAAUAAAAA